AUGAAAAAGUUAUCCGACUUUUACACGUACUCCAAGGACAAGUCCAUAUCUGUCUUUAAUUUUAAAAAGAAGGAGGAAGAAAAAAAGAAAAAAGAAGAAACAGGUUGGAUGAAAAAAGUAUAUUUGGAUUUUGAGAAGACAAAGAAUGAUACUUAUACAUAUGUGUCUAUUAAAACACAUCAAAUGAAGGAUAAAUUUAUGAAAUGGAAUUUAAGGUUUUUUAAGGUGAAUCAUUCAAAGUAUGAGCAUUUCCCAUGGUAUAAGAGAUUAUAUUACAUAAUGAAGGAUUAUAUUUAUAAUAUAUUAAAAAUAAAGGAAGAAGGAAUGGAUACAUAUGGAGGACAAAUAAGUCCAAAUGAAAAGAAAAUAUCUCGAUUAACAUCAACAUUUGAAAAUUUUGAUUUUAAAAAUAGAUACGCACAAAAACAGUCUGAAGAUUCAAUGAUUUAUAAAUAUAGGGAAAAUUUAAAGAAAGAAAAAAUGAAUGAUAGUUAUCUUAGUGAACGAAGUCAGUCCGAGAUAACUCGAAGGAAUUUGUCGAAUGAAAUUGUAUCAAUGAAGGGAUGUGAGAGUAAACUAUAUGAAGAAAUGUAUUAUAAUAAUAAAAAUGAUGAUAAUAAAAAUGAUGAUAAUAAAAACGAUGAUGAUGAUAACAAUAAUAAUUAUAAGAAUAGAUUGAGAAAUUUAAUGUCUAUUGGGAAUAUGACCAAUGAAAAAGUUUAUUCAGAAAAUGAAUCCAAGGUUACACAUAGUAAUACUGUUGAUAAAAAUGAAAAUUAUCAUUUUUUAAAUAUAGAGAAUUCCCCAAAAUUUAAUAUAAAAAAUACAUGGGAAAAAUUAAGCGGAUACAUUUCAUAA